AGGGAGUAAUUCUGGAAUACUGGAGGAAAGAGCUGGGAGACUGAACAGGGUUCAGAAUCAAAGGAAUGUUUGAUAUGCUGAGAGACAAAGACUCAGGGCAAAGCUCCUCCCUUACAAGGAAACGAAACCAACAGCAGCCCAGACUCAGGGCACACCUCCUCCCUUCCAAUGAAAUGAAACUAACAGCCUCCUGGACCCAGGCAGCAGAAGAGAUAGAAGCUAAAAGGUUUUCCCCUCCAGCUCUGCCCUCUCUGGCUCUCCUGUCCCAGCAUCAUGAUGGAGCUCAGUGAUACCCCGGCCAAGUAUCUAGACAAGUUCAUCGAAGACCACCUCCUGCCAGACGAGGAUUUCUACACACAGGUCAAUGAAGCCAUCCACAUCAUCUGCAGUUUCCUGAAGGAGAGAUGUUUCCAAGGGGCCUCCCACCCUGUUCGGGUGUCCAAAGUUGUGAAGGGUGGCUCCUCAGGCAAAGGCACGACCCUCAGGGGCCGAUCAGAUGCUGACCUCGUCGUCUUCCUCACCAAUCUUAAUAAUUUUGAGGAACAACUUCAGCGCCGAGGAGAAUUCAUCAAGGAAAUUAGGACACAGCUGGAAGCCUGUCAAAGGGAGGAAACAUUUGAAGUGAAGUUUGAGGUCCAGAAACAGCAAUGGGAGAAUCCCCGUGCUCUCAGCUUCGAGCUUAGAUCCCGUGAGCUCCACGAGUGGGUGGAGUUUGAUGUCCUGCCCGCUUUUGAUGCCCUGGGUCAGGUGAUCAAAGGCUACAGGCCUGACCCUCAAGUCUACGUCCGGCUUAUCCAAAAGUGUGAGUUCCUGGGGAGAGAGGGCGAGUUCUCCCCCUGCUUCACGGAGCUGCAGCGAGCCUUCCUGAAGGAGUGUCCAACCAAGCUGAAGAGCCUCAUCCGCCUUGUGAAGCACUGGUACCAAAUGGUAUGGCAUGUCCCAUCCAGACAGAGAGCGGAGGAGGAGGAGGAGGAGGGAGAGAAGGAAGAGAGUGAGGACAAGAGGAGGAGGGAGGGGUGGAAUAGAGGGAGGGAAGGAGGAGGGGGAGGUGUGGGGAGGAAGCAAGGAUGA